GACGCGGCGGGACGCGCAGGAGGCGAAGCCCGGGACAGGAAAUAAAUGGAUGAGACGGCGAUGGCCAGUGUUCGCGCGGGAAAGGAUGCUUCUCGAGACUCGCCCUCGACCUCGAGGAAGUGACGAGAAUCCGAGCGCGUCGCGUCUGAGCUCAUUUCAAACCCCAGUUUUCUUUUAACAUGCUAAUUCCUGUGUGUCCGAAUUUUCCCGGUUUAGAAAAUUUGCCAACGGAACUACAACGCAAUUUUCAUCUAAUGAGAGACUUGGACCAAAGAGCUCAGGAUGUUAUGCGGAAUAUAGACCAGAUUUCAGAUGAGUACCUGUCAGGUGUCAAGGGCCUGAGUCCGGAAAAGCGCUCGGAGCAGAUGAGCAAGAUCCAGAAGAUGUUCAACAGAGCCAAAGAAUAUAGCGAUGAUAAAGUGCAGCUUGCGAUCCAGACCUAUGAGCUGGUUGACAAACACAUAAGAAGACUGGAUUCCGACCUUGCGAAAUUUGAAGCAGAAAUAAAGGAGAAAGCGCUAAAUAAUAAUAAAAAAGAGGAGGAUACGAGUAGUAAAAAGAAGGGGAGAAAAAAGAAAGAAGAGAAGGGUAAGAACAAGAGAAAAGGCGGCAACCAGUCAGAUGAGGAGGAGACGACCCCCAAGCCGGGACGGAAGAAGCAGAAAAAGAAGAUGGAGACUGACUCAGCCAUCAAGUCGGUUCUCCCUUGCCUGUCCAUUGCGCACCCGUCAGAUGUCAUGGACAUGCCAGUCGAUCCUAAUGAGCCUACGUACUGCCUCUGCCACCAGGUGUCUUAUGGCGAGAUGAUUGCCUGCGACAAGAUGGAUUGCCCCAUUGAGUGGUUCCACUUCGCCUGUGUCGGACUCACCACAAAACCGAAAGGAAAAUGGUAUUGUCCAAAGUGUUCGACAGAGAGAAAGAAAAAAUAGUGGCGUUGGCCAGUGACUUUUUAGGAGAGAUGUUUAAAUUACGCUAUUUUCAAAAAUAAAUCAACAAAAAAUAAAAAAAAAUAGAUGAAUAAAUGAAUUAA